CACAGGAAUCAGAUGUAUGAAUCACCAACUUCUGUCUCUCAAGAUACCUCCCAAAUAGCGUCCUUCCUGUUCUCCACACUGCAUAGAAGAAGGCAUUUCUUGCUUGCACAGCAGUUUUCUCUCUUUACAUGCUUCCAGACACAACGAGUGAGACAUGAAUGGCACAAGCACAUGGCCAUCUGAGCAAAUGGAGGACAUUGCAGGUGAAACCGUGGUAGCCUGUGUUAUCCUGGCAUUAUCUUUCAUAGUGGGGAUGCCAGGGAACUUGAUGGUGAUCUGGACAAUUCUGCGGCACGUCAAAAAGCGCUCGCACACUGUCGUUCUUAUCCUCCAUCUGGCUGUUGCCGACCUGCUGGUGCUCGUCACGCUACCCCUGUGGAUCUACUCACUCGUGCGCUCAUGGGUCUUUGGCGAGGCGGUAUGUAAAGCCAUGGUGUACAUCAUUAACUCCUGCAUGUACAGCAGUGUGUUCUUCAUCACCGUCAUGAGCAUUGAGCGCUUUAUUGCCGUCCGUUAUCCAUUCACCUCCAUCAACUGGAAGAAGAAAAAAUUACUGAACAAAUUACUGCUUGUCCUAUGGAUUCUGGCUUUCAUCUUCAGCAUUCCUGUAAUUCCCACACAAGUUCUGGAAAAAGAGGAAGACAAGGAGCAAUGUCUGUUUAGGGAAUACUCUUCAACCAGCGAAGAGGUGGUGUUUCUGCUUCUUGAAACCAUGGUGGGCUUCGUGGUUCCCUUCGCCAUCCUUGUCAUCUGCUAUGGCUGCUUAUGGAAGCGAAUUACACAAAUGACCUUCAAAUUUAAGCAGAACAGCAUGGUUUUAAUAAUCAGCGUCGUGAUUGUUUUUGCCCUGUGCUGGAUUCCUCAUCACAUGUGUAACAUUCUAUCUCUGAUGGCUAUCAUACUGGAGAGGUGGCAUGCUGACAUGGCAGAGGGCGUGGAGUCUGUAAGGGCCAACAUGGCCUUUGUCACCGGGGCUUUGGUCUUCAUCAGCAGCACGGUGAACCCCCUGCUGUAUGUGUUUGCCGCACGCUCAUUUCGAAGCUCGCUCAGGGACACUGGCGUGCGAAAGCUCUUCCGUCAUAUCUCCAGCUCAGCCACAGGUGACGGAACAAAGGAGUUAUCUUUCAUAUCCAAAAGGCAAGCUUCCCCAUGUGAACCCAGCACUAACUGCCGUACUGAGUCAGAAAUUCUUCUGGAUGUUCCUUAGAAUGUAUGUCAAUCCUAGUCGGCCUUGAAAUUAUUUGACAUUUUGUGCAUGUUUUUGUAUAAUUACAGAAUAUUGUGUUCUUGUUUAUUGUAUUUCUGUAUUAUAUUUCUCGAUAAGAAAAAAUCUGUAUGUUUAAUUGUACAUUAUCAACAAUAUUUUAUUGGUGUAGAUGAAUUAAAUAAUAUUUUAACAGUGUAUUGACUGAUACCAAGAAACGGUAAGAAUGGCAGGUACACUAUACUUGGGCUUAUUGUUGAAGAAUGUUGUUGUCAAAACCCAGUUAAAUACUGAUGGAUUUCAUAUGUUCUUUUGACAUUUGUGAUGAAUGAACGAGUUUUUAUUCAACCUUUGACUGAUUUGCCUGCUUUUAUAUUUAAAUAGUGUUUUAAUUGCUUAAUUGUAGGAAUAAUCCUCCUGUACACAACAUGUAUGGUAAUGCAUUUGAGUUACAUGUUUAUUUUUAAUUUAUGUAAUUAAUUAAUGUAAUCUAAUUCACAUUAACUUUUCUCUCACAGUUCAACUGUUUUUAAAAUCCAGUGUUGAUGCAAGAUGACAUGCGAUUGCAAACCACAUUGUAAAUGCAAAUCGCGUAUAUAGUUAAGAAGUUACUAGUUUCUACUUCCUUUUUGGAAAUUGCAACAUAAAAAACUGUUUCAUAAUGUGUUUAAAACCUUCGUAUGCACCACAUUGCAAAAUGGUCCCACAACAGUUUUUCGUUACCAGGGAGAUUCUGGUUUGUUUUUCAUUAAACAAUGUGGUUUUAUCAAA